CUGCCCCCCCCCCCCCCCAUUCGUAUUUUAUCGAUAAUUUGGUUAGAUUUCCUAUGAUCUUGGUAUCGAGUCUUUAGAGUACCUUUCUGCAUUGAGCUAGAGGCUCAACCUACCAUCUAUCAGUAUUCUUACCCAUUAACUCAUUGAGUUCCACCUUUUGUUUUCAAAACUCAUAUAAGAUGGAUUGCUUGAGGAGAAUCAUUUCCAUUGAACAAAUUUCUGUGGAUAAUCUGGAGUGUGCACUGGAUAUGAAUGGAAGUGGACAUAUUGGCAAUCAAAUAGUUCCUAGUGCUAAGGAAGUAACCUGUCCUGCACCUCGUCAGCCUGCAAGGGUUCCUUAUACCCUAGAUGGUCUUGACAGAUUUUGCGACAGACUAAAAAGGUGAGAGUUGUUUCUUCAAUUGAAGACCUCCUCUUUAUCUCAAUGAUUAGGGAUGCAUUUGGUCGUUAUUUCUGGGCUUCUACUCUAGUGAAAUUUCUAAGUAACAUUAAAUGAUACUUGUGUGGAUACGAAAGAGCUCUUUCUUUUGGAAUACAAUACAAAAGGGCCGCAUUUUGUGAAUUUAUGGAGAUUUACUGAGAGUAGAAGUACCACAAUCACAAGUUACUUUUUCCACUCCUGACCACAAUCAUUUAACAAAAAAGGGUAUCACUUUGCUCCACUGUAGAAAUGGUAAUCAAUCAGUCGGAAAAAAGGCAAUGAGCCAAAUGUAAUACCCAAGAAUACUAUGGAGGUUUCUUCUCAGCUAUCUUCUUUGUAGAUUGAUAGAUUUCAUUAUACUUUCAUUCACCACAUAUGUAUGUAUAAUCUAUAUGAGAAACAUUUUAGCCUGAUUUUUCUCUCCUCUUUUUCUUACUCAUGUCUUUCUCUCUUACUAUGUAAUGUUUCUACAAGUAUGUUCCAAUUUUGUUAGUUAUAUAUGUAAUAGCUUAUUGAGGAUGUAGAAAGCAAAGGAAGAGAUGGAAAAACUGAAAGGGGAGGCACAAGCCAACAAGGAUCACAUGCUACAGUAUAAAGAAAUAGCAGAAGUGAAUGAAGUUGCAUUGAAGCAAAUUGAAUCUGCUUAUGAAAAAUUCAAGGCUGAGGCUGACAAGCUAAAGAAGUCACUGGAGGAUGAAAUUCAUUUUCUCAAGGGAAGGGUUUUAGAACUUGAAAGUGAUCUUAUGUCAAAGUCCAUAGAAUUUACAUCUGCAGUUUCAGGGAAAGAAGAAGCUCUAUCUUCUGCAUUUGCUGAAAUUGACCGUUUGAAGGAAGAAAAUUCUGUAAAAACGUCUCGGAUAGUGGAAUUAGAAAUUCAAAUCUCUUCUUUGAAGAAAGAUCUUGAAAAGGAGCAUCUAUGCUGGCGUACUAGCCAGAGCAAUUAUGAAAGACAGAUUUACUCUUAAUUUCUUGUCAUAAAUCUUAUUUCCCAUCUCAUUCAUGUGCAGUGGGAUAUGGAAGAACUUCGUAGGAAGUAUUUGGAGAUAGAGUCAAAGCUAAAGUUCGAACAGGUUCCUUUUUUGUAAUUCUUAUGAUAGGUUGAGCAAAGUGAAGUAUUGUUUAUUUAGAAAUGUGAAUAUGGGAUGCAUUGUAUGAUUUGAUUGAUAUUUGUAAUAAAUGCAUC